AUGCGUUCUUUGAUCUGUCUUCAUGGACAUGCCCCUGUAAGGUCGAUGGGGGGGCAGUUGCUUCGUAUGCGUCGGCAACCCUUCCAAUGGCUUCGAUCAAUUAGUUCGACCACUUCGACCACCUCGACCACCACUUCGGAGCCCGUUGUCUUUUCUGGGAUUCAACCGACAGGAGUCCCCCACCUGGGCAACUAUUUGGGUGCCCUUCAUCAGUGGGUGAAGUUACAAAAUAAUGCGAAACCAGGGGCCAGGCUGUUGUUUUCCAUUGUCGAUUUACAUGCAUUGACCAUUCCGCAAGACGCAGCUCAGUUGAGGAAAUGGAGACGGGAGGCCUUUGCAACAUUACUCGCCGUGGGAUUGGACCCCAAGCGUUCCACAAUCUUCUAUCAAUCGGCCGUACCGGCCCAUGCAGAAUUGAUGUGGAUUCUCAGUACUGUAGCCUCCAUGGGAUACCUCUCAAGAAUGACUCAAUGGAAGAGCAAGCUUCAGUUGCCUGAGGACAUCACCCUGGAGCAUUCGGAAGCCCGGGCUCAGCUACGUCUGGGUCUUUUCUCAUACCCGGUACUUCAAGCGGCCGAUAUUCUUGUCCACAAAGCCACCCAUGUCCCCGUUGGUGAAGAUCAAAGACAACAUCUGGAGUUCUCCAGGUAUACUGCGAAUAGCUUCAACCAUCUCUAUGGGCCUAUCUUCCCCAUCCCAGAGGCCCUCAUCUCUCCCGCCAAGCGAGUGAUGUCACUUAAAGAGCCUACUGCCAAGAUGUCUAAAUCCCAUGCGGAUGAGCGGUCUCGUAUUCUGUUGACGGAUUCUCCCUCAGAGAUUCAUAAAAAGGUCAAGGUUGCUCUGACGGACUCGGAGCCGACGGUCAGUUAUGAUCCCGCUCGUCGACCUGGGGUCUCCAACUUGAUUGAGAUCCUGAGCCACUUUGAAGAGGUGCCAUGCGCGGCCCUCGCUGCAGAGUAUCAGUCCGCCAGUCUCCGUACAUUAAAGGAGCACGUUGCGAGUCGAAUUGCGCAUCAUCUUCAAGAAGUUCGAGAACGGUACGUUGAGAUUAUGGAGGAUCAGAGUGGGUAUCUGGACACGGUUGCCCAGGAGGGGGCCGAGGUAGCUCAGGCCAAUGCGAGCCAGACCAUGCGACAGGUCCGGGAUGUCAUGGGUCUAUGA